AUGAACAAAGGUAGAAGAUUUCUGGGAUCAACGGCUCCUGCAGACAUAUUGCUCGACGUGGAUAUCGCUGUUCUUACGGGCAACAAUGCGAUGGGAAGUGUACUUUUGGACUGUGAUAAAGCGCUUCGUUACACUGCAACAGUGUCCGUUGUAAGAGUUAUUUCUCAAGCAAAGACUUUUGUUGAAGCAAGGAAGAGAAGAAGUGACUGGUGUUGGAAUGAGGGGAGACUCAGGAUGGAAUACACUGCAAUCAUGGCACUGGCGAAUGUGCCUGACGGUUCAAGAAUUUUCGCGAAACUGACCAACACCAGCGGAUCUUCAGAAACACCAGAUGUGCUCAACAGUACUCCGUUUGUAUGGGAGAUGUCGAGAAUACCGCAGAAAGAGCAAGAGCGGUCGAGUGUGCCUCUUCUGCCAGUCCUUCGUGUGAGAAAUUGGGCCAGUAAGAUAACGAAACAGCACACCCGUCCAUGUGAAUCGACACCGAUGCCAUUGUUAGAGCGUAAGAAACUGAGCAGAAGAGCACUGUCCGCUAUCGUUACGGAAGCAUCGCAAUAG